AUGCACUUCUCCAAGAUCACCUUCUUCACCUUCGUCGCCUCCGUCCUGGCCGUCGACCUCCUCACUGUUCAAGACUAUGCCGACUUCCAAAUCUCGGAUGGCGUUGCCGGAAACGCCCUCGCCGAAGUCGCGGCCAAAUUUCCUGUCGAGGAGUUCCGUGCGGACCUAGCGGCCGUUAGUGAGAACGAUCUUGCAAUCCUCAAGGCCGCUCGUGAGACCGCCGAGGAUGCCGAGACCGAGAGUGGUGGCUUCAACGAUGCCAUCGACGCCGCUGGUGGCAAGAACACCGAAGAGGGUGCGGCUCUACAGAUCGGCAAAAUCAAGAACAAGGUCCUCAAGCUUGAGCUCUUCAGCCUGGUCCUACAGAUUGAGCAGGCCCAGGGCGCCGAUAACCAGGACAAGCUCGACGAGGAACUUGCCAAAUUGGCCAAGAAUGUUGCGACCGACGAGGAUUCCGCUGGCGAAACGAGCCAGAGUGUCAACUUUCAGGGAAGCUCUCAACCUUGA